CCACUUUUCUGUGCCACUCACCACUCAUCAAUGGCCAUGCUCAAGAACGGAGAGCCGUCCACACGGCCACAGCCACCCCCGAAAGAAGGCAGCAUACCCAUAUACCUCGUCAACGGUAUCGCCACUAUCUGGGACGCUCAAACGGCUGCCACGUUGCACUGUGAAUAUGGGAUAUCAGGUCUGAGGGCGGGGACUCUACCUGGUGUGUCUCAGCAGAAUGGGUUCUUGGGAUUACCCAUGACGCUUAUGCAGGAAGAGACUGCUUUCCUGUUACAAGAAGGUAUCUUUCUAUGCUUCUGGACCGAAACAGCGCUCAAACGUCGUAUAGGGAUCGCCCACAUCGUCCCUUUGAACCCUACACCAGGACCUCCAUCUAAGGCUACGAUAGCCGCGCAUACGGCCGCUCGUAUAGCCCGUGUAAGAGCUCUCGAGGAGAAGGCUGCCGCGGAGGAAGUCAAGAGACAAGCAGAGUCUAGAAAGCUUUUCGAUCAAGGGGGCGAGAAGGCGAGGCUGAAGAGGGAAGCUAGGGCAAAGGCAAAGGCGGAGAAGGCGAAAGCCGCUGGGGCAGAAGAACCGUUUGGAGAAGGAGCGGUCGAACAGAAAGAAGUGAAGGAGGUGAAGGAGAAACCAAAGACGCAAACGGUGUCACCUGGGCACUUUCACAUCGUCCCCGCCCACCCUGUCGUCUCAUCCGAGGCUUCGUCUUCAUCUACCAUCACAUCCCUUCCCCAUCCCCUCUUCCCCUUCCCCUCUACACCCCGACAUCACGCCCUCCUAUCUGCCUUCUCCCGUCUAUCUGCGCUUUCUUAUCGUGUCGGUCUUGGACCGCGUUUUGGUGGAGAGUGGCUUGUAUACCCGGGUGACUAUCUGCGGUAUCACGCCCACUUUACGAGUCAGGUGAUCGUCAGAGAUGAACCGAUCAAGCCGCAGGAAAUUGUGGCUUGGGGACGAUUGGGAACCGGAACGAAGAAGGCGGGUCUGAUAUGCUGUUGGGACGACGGGAAGAGAGGUGAUGAAGCCGUUGAUGAGGAUAGAGAGAAGGAGGGAGAGGUCGAAUUCUAUUCCCUUGAAUGGGCCAACUUUGGAUAAAGCACGAAUUGUACGCAAAUGUGAUAAACUGUAUACUAGAG